UCCGGGUGUCCAGAUAACUUCUUUUUUACAUUUUUGUCUUAUCCGGGAGUUUUUUUAGGGUAUUUUUUAUAAGAAAUAAACCUUCGACCGACCAAAUUUUUUAGUAUUUUUUUUUUUUUGUGUUGUCUCCACUUGGCGAUGAGAAGAUGAGCGGUUGCGGCGUCGCGGGUCGACAGACAGAGAAGAGAAGAGAGGAGGGCAACAACACUACCAACUGCAGCAGGCAGUUGAGGCAGUUGGGAUUCACCUCACAGCGGCACAAGAGCAAGGGGAGCAGCAUAGCAGUAGUACAACCACAGAAUCCUAAAGGGCAGAAAAAAGUUCUUGAACUCAUCACAGAAGAAAAAGUCGAAGUCAUCAAGAUUUUCCUUGGAGCUCGCCCCAGGACCACGGACAGUGUCAAGAUGCUGACGGACGAGGUGUCGCAGAUUCAGGAGGUGAGAUAUUGCCUCAAGUCUCUAAGAGAGCAGAUGGCUGCCAGACAAAACAACAUCAACAACAACAAGUCUCCAGCCAACGGCAUCAAAGUCAACGUGCCUAGCAGCCAUCCAGCUGUUGCCAAUGACGACGCGGUCCUAACUGAAACUCAUGUUGAUGAUAAUGAGGAUGAGAGUGCGACCCUCAGAGAGGCAACCAGACGUCUGUACGCACAGAUGAAAGAGAUGGAGAAACGGCACCAGGAAGAGAGGGAAAGACUGCAGGCAGAGUCAAAUGAGUAUCGCAGCCGUCUUGGCGAGCAGUCGGAGCGGCUGCAGAAGGCCGAGCAGCUGUCGGAGCAGAGGGGUACGCAGGUGGAGGACCUGCAGAGGUUGCUGGGAAGCUUGAAGAUGGAGAGUGGCAUACUCAAAGACAAGAUGGCUGCAGGGGAGGCGGAGCUGCUGCAUCUGAAAGCAGACACAGAUGAGGACAAGGAGCAAAGGCGCAGAGAGCUUGAGAAGGAGCUGGCUGUGCUGAAAGAAAAGAUUCACCACCUUGAUGACAUGCUGAAGAGUCAGCAGAGGAAGGUCCGCCACAUGAUUGAACAGCUGCAGAACUCCCGGACCGUCCUUCAAGAGAGGGAUCGAUUCAUCAGGGAUCUGGAGGAGAGAGUAGCUUUCCUAGAAGCUGAGAACAGAGAAAUGCAUGACCAUAUGGAGUACUUCCUAACAGGCCAGGACCUUCAACCCCCAUCUGAGAGCAAGCCAGAGAUCGUUUACAGCAAACCUCUGACACCAACGACACAGACCAACAAAGCCCUCCCAUUCAUUAAAGUCAUUGAGAUCAAAUCCUGAGCGAAGCAGCAACCGAAUACAUAACCAGAAAAGAAAACAAUUUGUCAAUAAAUAUUUAACUACAAUCCAUAUUACACAGUACAUUUCUAGAUCUUCGUUGAUUUAAAAAAUAAAUUUUUGUACAUAUCUCAUGCACAUUAGUUUUGUGUUAUUACCUAUUACUUGCAAACCGGUUCUAGAUACAGUAACUGGCUGUAGUGUGUCGAAAUGAAUAUACAGGACUGUCUCAGAAAAUUAGAAUAUUGUGAUAAAGUUCUUUAUUUUCGGUAAUGCAAUUAAAAAAACAAAAAUAUCAUACAUUCUGGAUUUAUUACAAAUCAACUGA